GUGUUGACAUAACUUUACUAUUUGUUUGUUGCGCAAUAGAAAAAGUCAAUACAAUACACUUACAGUUGGAAAUUAAAAACAUUAAAAAUAUUCUUCCGGCCACAAUAAAAUCGUUGAGUGCUUGACAAAAUGUCCGAUUAUACGUUCAUGGACAGAAUUCGUUCAUUUUUGGGAAUACGACCUGAGCCUCCAAGGAACGACUUUCGCAACCCUAUAUGGGGGUCGGACGACGAUGAUGACGGUGAUGAACUUUAUACCAGACAGCAACAGAUAGAUAUUUACAGCAAUCCAUUAGAAUUGCAUCGUGAAUUUGCUAAACAUAUGCAUGACAUGUUUAACAGUUUCGGCAGCAUAUUUGGAGAUAUGAAAGCUUUUUUGGGCCACAAUGAUCUUGAAUCUUUCGGAACUAUGACAGAAUUUCCAUUAUCAGAGAACGAACCAGAGAAUUUCGAUAGCAACCGCAUCAGAGAUUAUUAUUUAAAGCCUGGUUAUCAUGAUAAAUAUGAUAAUCCUAAGGAAGACACAGAUCUAGAUGGUAAGAUAUCUUCUAAUGAAAUAUCUGGGUUACUGCAACAGAAAGAAGAUGGGCCAAUUGUGCCCCAUACUCCAUUUAGCGGCACUCUUGUACCUGGAAGAUCAUUUUGCCAAACUAUUAUAACAACAAGUGUUACAAAACCUGAUGGCACUAUAGAAACUCGUAGAAUUAUUAAAAAGGGCAAUGAAGUCAUUGAAGAGACCACAACCUCUACGGAACCAGACUCUAGAAAUCCCUACAAUCCGGGCUUGAAUCCGAUUGAGACUACUCAUUUAAUGCUGUCACAACUUUCAACAUUUCUGAGAAACUUUUACUGAUGUCAAAGUAAUUCAUUAGAAAUCUACAAAUUUUAGCUUUUAAGACCAUAAUUUAUUACUUAAUGUGAUAGUUUUAAAUAGAAUACUCUUUCUUCAGUCACUCAGACACAGUACAAUAUUAAAUAUUUUGACAUAUUGCACUCACCACAUUGAUGUUGCAGUAUUUUGUGAAGACAUUGAAAAUAUAGAAAAGUAUUAUAAUUCUUAACUUAUCUAUUUAUAAAAUUAUUACAACUACUAUAUUUCAAUCAAUUUUAAUUUAACUUUAUAAUGGCGACAAUAGUUUUCUAAAAAUUUGUUAUAUAAGUUUUUAUUAAAUUUAUCUUAAAAAAAUAAACAUAUAUAUGUAUCCUCCAAGUCUAUUUAUAUAUUAUAUAUCUCAGCUUUGAAAUACUAUAACAUAUGAAGAAUACUGUAAAAAAUUAUGUCUUAAAAGUUUUUCUUA